AUGGUAACUCUUCUUGGUACAAUGUUGCCUUACCUGACCGCGUGUUUGUUUGCCACCGUACUGGAAGAUUCCAUAACCACGAUGCGGAUCCUUGUUGAAUGCAACAACAGUCUACGCGUGACGAAAGCAAUGGCGGACAUGGAAGAAUUGCUAGCGGUGAAGUUCUCAGUGCCGCCCGCCCUCACGGUUGACCCACUGGCGAAGGUCGACCCGCGUGACCUCGGUCGGGCGGAGUACAAACUUCACAAGCUCGAGUCGGAUAGGAAACUCCUGAUUGAAGUGUUCACGUCCACGACGAAGCCAGGAAUCGCACAAACCGACGCGACCUUAACCGGCAAAUUCGCCAGCAGCGGGGUCCACGUUAAGACCGUCACUUACGAUACGGACGUUGCGAUAGAGAAGCUCAGGACGCAAGUGGAGGACGCCGCCCUAAACGCCGAGAUCCAGUCGCGCUACAUCGAGAACUGGCAGCGCUCGCGCACCGAGCAGCAUCGCAGGAACAUCUACGGCCAAGAGACGCCGCCGGCGGACGCGAUCGAAACAUACAAGCAGCGCUUCGACCACGAGCAGAGGGUGCACUCGGAAUUCGAGCUGCUGAACAACAUCAUUAUUAACGAGACGUUGGAGAAGGUGGAAAACUGGAUGAACAAAUACGACAAGGACAUGGAGGGAGUAGACCUGAAGAUUCAGAUCAUGAGAACCGAUUAUGAAACCACCUUGGAGAAGAGGUGGAUGCUCGAAAAUACGCUGGAGGGGCACGCGACGCUGAUGCAGGAUUGGCUGGCGUUCAAGGCGGAGCGCGAGAGGAUCAGGCAGUACCGCGAGCGGAUGACCAAGGCGGCGGUGAUGGUGCAGGCCUGGUGGCGGGGCCUGCUCGUCAGGCGCAAGCUCGGCCCCUACAAGGAGAAGCCCAAGAAGAAGCAGCCGCCGAAGAAG